AGGCCAUGGCCGGAUGAUGCAGAACAGGUGGAGCGCCGGCGGCUGCGUGACCGUACACCGCACUUCACAGGCCGAGGCCCAACCAGCAACCAUGGCGAUGCCGUCAGCGCGAUGCGGGCGCGGGUUGCGCGGCCAGGGGAGGUCAUCCAUCUGCAUGCCGUCGGCGCGACCAGCAAGGGUGGAACCGGUGCGGCGCCUCUUGCGACCACGGCGGCAAUGGCGGGCGCGCCUGGCGGGGUCGUCGUCGCGGCGCCCCUGGUCACCGCCCUGGCCGUCGUCGGGAUCGACCGCAGGGGCGGGGAUGCUCGGCACCGGGGUAUCGAGCUCGGCACGGGCGAGCGUGAUGAACAUCGGGUACGUGAGGGUGGAGAUGGCAGGGGCGUCCGACUGGUGGCGCGAGGGGUGUGACUCGACGAUCUCCAAGGUGGCAUGGCGGCGAAUGCGGGCCGGGUCUGCGGUGCGGGCAGAGAGCCGGAACUUGGCGAGGUCGGCGCGGGAGCGCGUGCUCGGGUGCAGCCUCUCAAUCCAGCAGCUGCUGCCCAGGAUGCUCCGCCGUGGAGAGAUGCCAGGCCUGGGCGGGGAUCCCGCGGAGCUCGAGCUCGACGCGGUAGUCCAACCUGCCGGAGCCAGCAUGCGCGAGCUUGCACCAUGGAUGCAGCGAGAGGGAGAAGCUAGGGCCGGAGAUGAAGUGGUCGCCGGCGAGGCUGUCCUUGAGCUCAUGGGAGGCGAGGACGAUGAGGAAGUCCUCCGGGCGGUGGAGGUGCACGGAGAAGUCGCCGGGGUGCAGGGCGAGGGAGGUGUGCAGCAUCUCGGACACCUCUUCCGUGGAGACGACGUGUCGCGUCCCAGUGAUGGUGGCCACCAUGGCCCGGCGCAGGACGCCCUCCGUCUCCUCGAUCUCGACGGAGCGGGCGAGGAUGACACGCACCGGGGUGGACGGGACAUCGGUGCGUUCCUAGGCCUCCAUGGGGGGCAGCAGCGGGGGUGUGCGGAGCGCCGCGGGGCGCGGUGUCGCCGACGGCGCGGUCCUCGUCGUAGGCGCGCGCGGGGAGUGGGCGCGUAUGCCGGGGCGGCGGCGGUCUGGGCAUUCCCAGGACUCGUGGCCAGACACGAGGCAACGGCGGCAGCGGACAUCGCCAGUGCAGUCGCGCACCCUGUGGCGCGAGUCCAGGCAGCGGAAGCAGAGGCCCGCCGCCUCCUCGGCCGAUGGGCUGCGGUGGCAAGGCGGUGCAGGGCCAAGCGCAGCGGCACACCGGGGACGGCGACGUCGGUCCCUGCGUCGAGGGAGCUCGAACCCCUCCUGGUCGACCUCGGCCGCGGCUCCUGCGCGCUCUACCUGGUGCACCUCCGAACGUGGCCCCAGGCGAGCCGUGGCCGGCACCCGGCGCACACCAGCCGCAGGGGGCGGGUGGGUCGGCACGGGGUGGCGAAGCAGCCUGCUGGCGCGCCGUCGGUACCGGGGAGCGCGGGGAGUCGACGACCUCGCUGUAGGAGUGCGCGGAGGACGAGCCGUCGAGGGAGACCUGCCAGCGGCGCGCGUGGCCGGAGGAGCUCGCCUCGCUGGAGCAGGAGAAGGCCAUGACGAGGGGAGGGUGCCGGCAGAGCUCGACGGCGGCAGGAGGAGGCUGGGCUAGGCUAGGUUAGGUGUUGGGGAGCGGAGAGCGGAGCGGCAUGGAUAAAGGAGUUUUCACAAAAAUAAACGGGUACCCCAGUACUUAAUGCAAUGCAAAUACAAGCACCUUGAUUCACUAUGCUGAAUUUUGUUUGCAAUGAUAGUCUGUUGAUCUAUGACAAGAUUUUUAAACUCUCUCAUAGAUUCAAUAAGACUUGUUAUGCGUUCUUUGAACUCUUUUUCUCUUUAUAAAUGGUUGAAAUGAAUAUUUUCUCCUUUUCUUUGAUGAGGUUACCUAAAUAUUGAUUUUGUUUCUCGACCUCCUUUAGAGAGUCUGUAGCAUUUCUAAAUCUUUCAAGUAACUUACUCAAAUUUAUCUCACUUUGACAUACAUGCUGGAGACCUUACUCCAGCCUGCCGACAAUCACAUCAAACUCCUUGUUUUUUUUUUCUGAUAUACAUUUAACUUUGUCUGUAAGUAAAUCAAGUUGAUGCAAUAGUAAAUCCAUAUGACCCUUCAUUGCUCCCAAUUCGAUCUGACACGCCUCUUUUCCCCUCACUUACUUUACUUAAAUGCCUUGCUUCAUAUUAUGCCCCAUCUCAUUACCAUGUAACUGUAUUUCUAUUUCAUUAACGAUCUCUCUUAGUACAAUCAUCUCUAUCUCUUCUCUAAUGAUGGUUGCCAUCCUGGUGUCUUCAAUGUAGACUCUAACACGCCAAUUUUCUUUGCAGGAUCUGGCUCUAUGGUAUAAGAUGCAAUAAUGUGUGAUGCCUGGGUGGGAAAAGCACACACUUCUACUUAAAUAUUAGUGGAAGCACCUUGUAUUUGCUGGAUUUGAGAAUCUAAAACAUUGCUCUUGUCUUGUCGGCCAACAAAUGUUUCUGCCUUGAUGCCAGAAGUACGAUGGAUCACCAAAAACCUUGUCAGGAGAGACUUUAAGACAGUCAUCCUUUGCAGGACCAUUUCUGGAGGAAUGUUCCUUGUCUAUGUUUACUCACAUCUUCUGUGCCAUCAAAGUUAUGCUGGGAUCUCGAAAGCCCCACUCAGAAUUCAAGAGUGGGAAAUGACACCAAGCUGUUAUAAACUUCAUCAUAUUUUCUAUCCCAACCCUCAGGCAAACUUAAGCCCAUUUCCAAGCUGCAGUAGCCUUUGGUUCGUCGGCAUUAUCUCUUCAUCUUUGGAAGCAAGCUGCUGAACUAUUUCUUGUUCUACAUCUUUUACAAACCCUUUGAAGAUAGAGGACGUCACAAGUGUUGAGAUAUCAACCAUGGUAUUUAUAUCACCCCACAAGGAGUCCAUCUCAUCCACGAUGAUUAACUCAUUUUCCUUCCAAAGAAGUUUUAUCCUGAAUACUGGCAUUUCCGUUGGUGUCACUGAGUGGCAAAUCCAAGCUCUGUUCAGCCUGAAUAGCGGCACUUCCGUUGGUGCCACUGGGUCGAACAUCCAAGCAGAAUGGGAAAACACAAAAUAAGGACAUCAAAGCAACUGACUACAGCUGUAAUUAGAACAAAGUUCAUCUAACAACUGCAUGGAACAUGUUAUACCGAACUUCUAACACUCUACAUGCUACUACAUCUCACGUCAUGUGGAGCAACUGAACAUAAGGACAGAAGCAUCAGUAUAGUCCAAAUACUCUACAUGCUACACCGGACUUCAUGUGGAGCAACUGAACGAACGAGCUACGACAUGAGACUGAGAUUCAGAAUCCAGUGUAACUCAGCUGUUAGUGUUGAUCGUGUUAGUGAUCAGACUCCGGUGUAUCUCAGCCGAUUCUACUCUAUUCCAAUGGGGAUAUUCAUCAUGUAACUGCUGACGGGAUUAGUAUUAUUAAUACUGAAAGAUUUGUUUUAGUUA